AUGGGUAGAGCAUCUAGCAAGCGUCACAUGACGACUCGGGGUCUUACCCUGGGGAUCAUCCUACUGGGCGACAUUGUGGCGGCCAAAUCUGCUGAAUACGCUGGCGAGAAUAGGGGUAUCGACACAGCCUCACUGAAGGAUAGAGGCUUCAUCUCCACAGGCGUUUUGGCUGCUGUCACCUCCAUAAUGGCGACCAGUGCCGCAGCCAGCGACACGAUAGCCUCAAUCUCCUCCAUCGCCCAAGAAACCACCUUGACAUCUCAGGACCGCACUCGGUCGAUCAUCUCCAACACUAACCCAACAUCCGCUGCUACGAGCGAGGCAGAAACAACCGCAAGUCUACCGUCUCUAACGACGGCCUCCGAUGGAACUCUUCACUGGCAGUCUGAAAUCGUCUCCGAGGCAGACGCUACAUCCGACGACGCACAAGUAGCGACUACUGCACUGGCUACUAGCACUGCAGGUGCUCUCACGUCCUCCGCUUCCCCAUUGAUCGACGAGCCUCACACUUCCAGCAACGAAGAGACAUCCGAGUCUCUUCAACAAGCUUCCACGACAACUGCGCUAUCAUCGCUCGCAUCUACCUCUCAUGGCAAAAGCACCGUCGUUAUUGCUGUUACUGACCAUGGAUCUGGAAGCUCAUCUUCUGCUCUAUCAGUAUCUGAUGUGUCUCUGUCUGGCCAGGUCUCGCAAACAAUCCUGUCUUCCGGUGUUCUAGCUUUCGAUGAGAACUCCUCCAGCGGUCUUGGAUCAGCUCAAUCCUCCACGGUACGCGCAUCGACACACGCCACCUCUCGCUCCGUCGCCCUCGACUUUGGCGAUGCCACGGCCAGCUCUCAUAGCAGCCAGAGUGUUUCGACGACGUCCUCUAGGGUAUCUGGCACUGCUUCGAAAUCAUCCUCCAUAGAUGGAGGGGGUGUGAUUGCCGCAGAAGUUGACAGUACGACAAGGUCAACUAGUUCCAAGAACACUGCUUCGGAUUAUAAUCUCGCUGGGUCUUCAAAGUCCACUGCAUCGGCCCAGAAGAGCUCAAGUGAUGCUCUAUCUGAAAGCAGUUCUGCCGCCACUGCUUCUGCCCAGUCCUCCGCCACCUCUGACAUCUUUGUCACCUCCGGAACCACCCUCACUGGCCAAGCUGCCAUUGCCGCCCUCGCCUCAGAGACCAGUACCGUUUCUACAUCUGGUUCCUCCAAAGCAAGUGCCGACUCGGACAGCGAUACAAAGGAAGACAGCAGUUCAUUGAGCUCGAUCGCCAUAGUGGGCAUCGUGGGCGGAGUACUGGUGGGACUGAUUGUGAUCUACCUAAUUUGGUAUCAAUGGCGAAAGAAGAAGGCUCGCGCAUCUCUUGGCGAUCAGAUACCAGACGAUCCCGAGGAAGACGAUUAUGACGAGAAACGUCGCCAAACCCGCUCAAGUUUUGGUGCGGACGAACCUUUCACCCCUGCUACGUAUCGUCAGCGUGGCCGAGGCGCCUCGCGUCAAGGAUCGAGAGAUCGGGACUGGGAAACCGGUUAUGGCGAAACCAUGUACGACCGACAGACGUACUGGGACGAAGAUGGGCAUGAGCGGAUGACAGAGUACGAUGGGAGGGGAUACUAUCCCCAGUCAGAGUACUUGCAAGACUAUGACAGGGAAGGAGGCGGAGGGGAUGGUAGAACAGAGUAUGGGCAGACCCAGUAUGGCGAUGGGAUGACUGCUGUUAUUGCUGAUGGCAUGGUCACCCACGCUCCUACUGCUCCCAGCCAAGCGGGCAGCGCCCAAAACCCAUUCGUCCCCGUUCCUCCCGUCCCUAGAGUUCCUUCCGCCUACUCAAUCCACAAGAAUAGUACCGUCCGGACGAACGCCGAUGGCCUCGAUGUACCACACUCGGUAGCAGCUCAAUCAGCAGGACAAGGACAAGGCCGAGAGACCGCAUAUGGAGCCAGCAUCUACGAUGCAUAUGGAGGCCCCGACUCGAGGCCUCAAACGCAAUUUACCGAACCGAGCACGUCAAACUUGCUACCAUGGCUCAACAAGGGUAGUCAGACACCCGCCCCGCCUGUGCCCGCUGUAGACGCUCAAUAUAGUCAUCGUGUCCCUUCGUCGCCUCGUCAAGGGAGCCCACCACAAGCGUCUGUGCAGCAACGCCAACAGAUGAUCAACUUGGAGGACGAGUACGAGCCUCGGGCGCCGCCAAGGGCUGUUAUGGCACAGACACCGCUCCCGAUGGCGCAGAAUGUACCGUUUGAUGGAGGGCUAGAGCAGGCGCCCAUUCCAACUUUCCGUUGA